UUAAACAUGUGACCAGGAAAGAAACACUAAAACUCAUCUGAACACAUCGAGAGUUUCAGAAGAACUGAAUCUGCUAACAACAGAGAAGAUCACUGAAGAACAGAGAAGAAUGAAGAUCAUCUGGACUUUCAGUCUGCUGAUGAUUCCUGGUGUGUUGAGCUCCAUCAGUGUGACAGGAUAUUCAGGAGGAGGAGUCAUCAUCACAUGCAGAUAUGAGGGAAAAUAUACAGCAAAUGAGAAGUAUUUUUGUAAAGAAGAGACAUUAACAUGCUCUGACCUCAUCAAGACUGGCAUUAAAAAUCAAUGGUUUAAGUCUGGAGGUUUCUCUCUGUAUGACAACACAAGCACAGCAGUUUUCACUGUGAUCCUCAAAGAUCUGAGUGAACAGGAUUCUGGGAUGUACAAGUGUGGAGUUGAUAAAUCAAAAUCUCCAGAUUCCUACACUAAAGUGAAUCUGAAUGUUGUAACAGGUCAGAAAAUCAGUGCUGUGAGAGGAUAUUCAGGAGGAAACGUCAUUAUAAACUACAAAUAUGAGAAGCAACACAAGAACCCUUGGAAAGUCUGUAGAAAUGGAGGAUGUUUUACUCUAAUAAACACUAGCAGAGCAGCAGAAUGGACACAUGAUGGCCGAUUCUCUGUUCAUAAUGACAAAUCUGCUCAUCUCUUACAUGUGUUUAUCAGAGAACUGAAUGUGAACGAUUCUGGAAAGUUUAAUGUUAUAGUUAAAGUUUCUGAAAACUAUAGUUUCUUCUUUAUAUUUAACCUGAACAUCAGAGACGCAGCUGAUUGUUGUGAGAAGAGCAUCAGUCUCUCAGCUGCUGCAGGAGGAUCUGUGAACAUCAGCUGCAGAUACCCACAAUCCCACAGUGCUGAUGUGAAGUUUGUCUGCAGGAGAUCUGGAUCUGAUCUCUGUGCUGAAGAGACGUCUGUGAAGGAGAGCAGAAGAUGGAGCGCUGAGGGACAGAUGCAGCUGUAUGAUGACAGAGAGCAGCAGCUCCUGACGGGAAUCAUCAGUCAUGUGACUCAACAUUCAGCUGAAUACUGGUGUGGAGUUCAGUCUGAUCAAGGACACAAGAGCUUCAUCACACAAGUCCUCAUCAACGUUACUGGUACAGAUGACUUUCUCACUCAUAUUAAUCGAAGUAAUUCAAAAUCGCAACUAGGUUCCAUUCAGCAGAUCACUGUAUUCUGUGUUGAUUGACUGUGCAAAGAAAGUUGCGUGCUUACACACAGUUAUUUUAGUGUAAUGCUAUCUGUUCGACAAAGCCACAAACCGUAUUUAAAAAGAGGAAGUGUCAUUGCAAAAAUGAGCUGCAGUUUAUAUUUC